AUGGCUGGAAUCUCAGCUGCACGUUUGACAGAAGAACGAAAAGCCUGGAGACGAGAUCAUCCGUUUGGAUUCAUUGCUCGACCUGCAAAAAAUCCAGAUGGAACGCUAAAUCUUCUCAAUUGGGAAUGUGGUAUUCCUGGCAAAACCGGUACACCCUGGGAAGGUGGUUUAUUUAAAUUACGAAUGGUUUUCAAAGAUGAUUAUCCGUCUACACCACCAAAAUGUAAAUUCGAGCCACCUUUAUUUCAUCCCAACAUUUAUCCCAGUGGAACAGUAUGCUUAUCUUUACUCGACGAAGAAAAGGAUUGGCGUCCAGCAAUAACCAUCAAACAAAUUCUCCUUGGUAUUCAAGAAUUACUAAAUGAGCCCAACCCAAAAGAUCCUGCUCAAGCUGAAGCUUAUGCAAUUUAUAUGCAAGACAAAGUUGAAUACGAAAAACACAUUAUUUUUAACAAUAGAUUCAGAAAUUUUUCGAAUAUAAACAUGCCGACUGUUGAAAAUCAAGUUACUUCAACCACAGGUUCAGCUGUAGCUCAUACAGCUGUUGCUGAAAAUGUCGCAGUUAAAUCAAUUGUUAGUACGGAAACUCAAUCGAGAGUUAGUUUGGCCAAUACACAAAAAAUGUCCGAUCUAAUGAGUCGACUAGGUACAACUCAUCAACAAGUUGAUGAAUAUUCUCGUCGCCGUACCGAACAAAUCUCCGAGGAAGUUACCGCAGCUAUCGCUAAAAUUGUCACGGAAACUCAAUCUCAACAAACGAAUCUUUUAUCCGAUGCCAAUGCACGUUCCGCUGCAAUUGAAGAAGAAUACAAGCUGAAAUUACAGAAAUAUGUUGAAGAACUCGAUACAGCUAAAGCACAAAAUUUAGCGGUUUUAGAAAAGGAUCUGAAUUUACGUCAAGAACUAAUCCUCGAACAAGCGCGAAAACGUAUUGAUGACUUGAAUGAAGAAGCUAAUCGAUUGAAAAUGGGUGUUUUACGCGAAGCACAAGCACAAGCAAACGCAAAAGUUGAUGCAAUUACUCAACAAGUUGCUGCUUUGGGAGCUGAAGAUGCUAAUCGAUUAUUAACAUCAACAUCAACAACCGUGAUUCGCACUGAAGCUAUGGCUCAAGGCGAAACGCACGUUCCUGGUGCUGCUGUUGUUGUUGGAACAACUGCAACGACCGUUGAAAAGUCAUCAAGUUCAAGUACAACAAGCAAAAAUUAA